GUUAGCAUGCUAUCUGCUAUAGGAAAGAAGCGGAAGUUAGCGCCACAUACAACGCAUGCGUUGGUGGCUCUUUUGGACGACUGUCAUAAAGAUUGCGUCGAAAUUAUUUAAAAAAUUUAGCAAGACGACGAGAUUCUGCCGCGUGUGUUCUCUUGCUGCUACAUAUUUUUCGUGAGGAAUGGUAGUUAUUGUUAAGACACGCUCGUCUCAGUGAACUUUGAAGCUUCUCGGUCUAGCUUAGCAUGCUAGCUGCUGACAAAGAGACGCGGAAGUGAGCAACCCAUCGCUAAGCAGACAUCAAGUGUGAGUGUAAAGUACAAAUGCUGAGAGUGUUGGUGAAUCAGCGACUAACUGAAGCUCCUGAAGAAAUAUUUGUAGUGUGGAAAGAACGAUAGCAGAGUACGAGGAGGAACUUUCUCGAACAAAAGAGGAGAACGAGCGACAACGUCAACUACUGGACGCUGUUUUCAAGAAGCCUGAAGUUGUGUUACACAGAGCAGCAUCUGGACCAUAUGAGGACUGGUCCAGUUGGAAAACCACUGCACCAAGACUUCUCAAAUCUGGGCUACAUUAUCCUAUAGAAAAUGAAGACGUCAGCAAAGAACAUCUUCCCCCAGAGCAGCAGGAGUGGAGCUCCAGGAUGGGGCAGGAGGAGCCAGAGCCCCCCAACAUUAAAGAGGAAGAGGAGAAGCCCCAGCCCCUCCACAUUAAAGAGGAAGAGGAGGAUCACAGCAUCAGUCAGGAGGGAGAGCAUCUUGAAGGAUUGGCGGAGUUCCCAGUGAUUGGUGUCCAUGUGAAGAGUGAAGAUGAUGAAGACAAAGGUGAAAGUGAGGAGAAGAGAGAGGUGGAGCCUCCAAGCAGCAGCUCAACUCAACACAUGACAACAGAAGCUGAUGGAGACCACUGUGGAGGAUCACAAGCAGACAACCUCUUAGCUCCACUAUCAGAUAGUGACGACACAACGUCACACUCUCCUGACACUGAUGAUGAAGACUCUAAAGCUGAUAUGACAUGUCACACUGACAACACACACUUUAAAUGCUCUCAAUGUGGCAAAACUUAUAAUUACCGUCGUAAUCUGAAAAGACACAUGAGAAGUCACACUGACAACACAUGCUUUAAAUGCUCUCGUUGUGGCAAGACUUAUAAUCGCCGUAGUAGUCUGAAAAUACAUACUAUGCAAACUCACACAGGAGAGAAACCAUUCAAGUGCUCAUUUUGCGGUAAAAGAUUCUGUCAGAAGCCAAAAUUGGUAGAUCAUGCCAGAAUGCACACUGGAGAGAAACCUUUUUCCUGUUCAAUCUGUGGUAAAAGAUUCUCUAUAAAGUCAAAUUUGAAAAUGCACACAAGAACACACACUGGAGACAAACCUUUUUCCUGUUCAAUCUGUGGUAGAAGAUUCGCUCGAAAGGCAAAUGUUGAAAGACACACAAUAACACACACUGUAGAGAAAGUUUUUACCUGUGUAGUCUGCGGUGUGGCUUUUUCACGGAGUCAUUGUUUGAAAACACACAUGAGAACACACAGUGGAGAAAAACCUUUUUGCUGUUCAAUCUGUGGUAAAAGAUUCUCUCUGAACGCAAGUUUGAAAGUACACACAAGAAGACACACUGGAAAGAAACCUUACACCUGUUCAGUGUGUGGUACAAGUUUUGUACAAAAUCAAAAUUUGAAAGUGCACAUGAGAAGACACACUGGUGAGAAAGUGUUUAGUUGCAGUGUGUGUGGUGAAAGAUUCUCUUAUAAGUACCAGCUUAACAAUCACAAGUGUGCUGGUGAGAACAGCAGCAGCAAAUGAAGCUGCAGGCCUAAAACUGUCCAGACUUAGGUAACUAACUUUCUAACAAUCACCACCACAUAUGUUGUGUCUAAGACACUUCUUAAUGUAACCAUUUGUUACGGAUAAAUCAGAAAUCCCAAAUUACUUCGACAAACAUUUUUUUCAUCUGGUUUAUGAGAUUGCAUUCCACCCGUGAAACAACAUGAAUUGAGAAUGGGCAGUCUACCCCAUUCGUUGCUUCCCUCAACUGCCUCGUUUGUUUUCAGACCAGUGACUGAGGCUGGCGUCUGCAGAGCCCCAAAGCAGUUGGAAACAGACAAAUGUCUGGGUCUAGACGGUGCUGUUUUUCUUAAAAUGAUCAACAUAAGCGUCUGACAUAUGUCUACUUUUCUAUCGACCACCCCUGCUGAAAGGAGGGAACUUUGCUGAGCUUAACUGGUUUCCAAAAACUAAGUAGAAGCGGCAUAGAAAAUGGAUAGAUGGAAGUAGUUAAUGUCAUUGAGUGUUUUGAUUUUAAAAAGUUGUUUACAGGGAUUUUUAUUGAUUUGUGUAAGGCCUUGGACACCGGCGAUCAUACCACCUUGUUCAAUUCGCUUGAUAAAAAUGGGCUGCUUUUCUAACUACCUGUCAGUUAGAACUCAGUGUGUACACCUUGCAUGGUCUAUGUUCUUUCCCUUCAGGAGCGCCCCAGGGUUUUGUCAAAAUGUGUGGAGUGGUUGUUCACUUUUAUGCCACCGAUAGUUUCUCUCUUUCAAAUUAGGAAGUCUUUGACUCUAAAUCAGCUAAGGCGGGGGUGUCCAACCUUUUCCAGCAAGGGGCUUAUAAGGAAAAAUGAAAGGAUGCACGGGUCACUUUGAUGGAUAUGAUUAGAGGUUAUAUAUUUCAGGAAAAUAAACUGCAUCUCAAGUUUUGUGGUAUAAAUGGCAAAGCGGAUUAUUUGUAUCAACUUCAGUCUUUGUUCUGUUUGUACAAUUUUUGCAGUUUUUUUUCCAAAUAUUUCAACUCUCUCCUUAAAUAAUAUUCACAAAUGUUCUUUUUGUAAUAGUAUGAUUUUAGUGUUUUAUGUUUUUCCUUGGGACAUGGAAUGUCACUUCUCUGGUUAGGAAGGAGCCUGAGUUGAUGCUAGAAGUUGAGCCAUCGCCUUGACUUACAGUUUGGGUUCUGGAACCAAACUCCUCGAGAGGGGCUGGGCCUUGUUAUUCCGGAUUUGCCACGGGGGAGAGGCGGUGAGCUGGCGUUCUGAACACCCGAGUGAAGAGAGGGGUUGAGCUGUCAUGAUCACCACCUGGUGAUGAGUCGGAUUAUAUGGCGGGGUAGGGUGCCGAACAGACACGGCAGACCCAAAUGUGUCGUGAGGGUGUGCUGGAAACGUCUGGCGGAGUCUCCCAUUCGUCAAGUCCUCAACUCAAUCCUCCGGCAGAGCUUCCGUUGGGUCCCAGGGGAGGACAAGGAUAUCGAGUCCGAAUGGGCCCGUGUUCCGUGCCUCCGUUGCUGAGGCAGCCGAUCGGAGCUGUGGUUGGUGCCAGUCAUGGCGGCAAGUACAUUAGUCAUGCUGUUGAAUUAUUUAAGAAAAUAUUCAAACAUUAAAAGUACGAUGUGUGUGCAAACGGGGGCCAGAACGUUUCCUGAAAGUGAUGUGAAAUGUAAGUCUAGGGUGUAAUGGCACAUCCUUGCCUGAGGGAGGCAAUAAGGGGAAGCGUUAGCAAGAGGGUGUUUAUUAGAUGAUAGCGUCCAUCAUGUUUUUUAUUCUCUACACUUUUGAACACCAUACAUACCACCAUACACCAUACAAUGUGCAACAAAAGCUUUUGUCAUCGACCAUCACUUGUCGCACACAUGAGAACACACACGGGAGAGAAACCAUAUUCCUGUUCAAUCUGCAACAAAAGCUUUAGCGACCGAGCAAACUUUGUUAGACACAUGAAAACGCACACUGGAGAGAAAGUGUUUAGGUGCAGUGUGUGUGGUGAAAGAUUCUCUUAUAAGUACCAGCUUAACAAUCACACGUGUGCUGGUGAGAACAGCAGCAGUAAAUGAAGCUGCACGACUUGAAAUAAAUUGACGAGACUUUGAUAACUUUUGACUUUCUAACAUCACCACAUACUGUAUGUUGUGUGUAGGGUUGUGACGAUAGAAGAAUUUCAGCUGUCGAUAGCAAUACCUGUGAAUUUCCACGAUUCUCAAUACUAA